CUGGAGUUUACAGAGGAAAAGACGAUUCAAUGCACCGGAGGAAAAAGAGGAGAAACUUCAGAGCUAAACUGGAGAGCAGGAGAGAUUCCCACGUUACACGAUGGUGCAGGUGUGUCGACUGUGAGCUGAUGUUUACAGUUUACACACAAUGAACCAAGAAAACUUCUUGCUGUCACAGCAGUGAUGGGGAAGACCACCAUGUAGAGACGGAGAGGCAGCGGAGGCAACAGCAGAAUAGCAGCAAUGGGAAGCCACACAUGGAGAGGGUCUGGACUGCAGCCGUGGUGAGCCUGAGACCUACAGGACUUGACUCCACCAUCAUUGCCCUUCUCAGGACCUAACCACUGGGGCUGUCCAACGCUCACCUGGAUGCUCCCCAUUUGUGUUUCGUCAUCCCCUCCUCUCCUUGUUCUCUGCUGCUCUUUCUCCUCUUCUUCUGUUUCUCCUCUUUGAUAGUUUUGGUCUACUGAUAUCUGACAGUCUCCUGAAACAGCGAAGCUGCUCAUCGAUCAACUCCCCGGAUUUUUCUCUUUUUUAAUCUCUGUCUGCCGACUUAACCUACAAGUGGCAUUCUUUCUCCCCCUUUUUGAUUGUUGUUGCCUGCUUGAUACCUGUUUUGGAUUUUUUGGGGAUGAGACUGAGCUCAUCCCUCUGCUGUGCAAGCUUUUUGAUUGAUCUAUAAGCAAUAAGAAACACUUAUCUAACUGACUUGACAAGUUGACAUCAUGGGGGACAUGUCCAACAGCGAUUUUUAUGCCAAGAACCAAAGAAACGAGGACAACCAUGCGGCAGGCUUCGGCUGCUCGGUCAUGGAGCUGCGCUCGCUCAUGGAGCUGCGUGGCACAGAGGCGGUGGUCAAGCUCCAGGAGGACUGUGGGGGCGUAGAGGGACUGUGCAAACGACUGAAAACCUCACCAACAGAAGGUCUCGCAGGUGCCCAAACUGACCUGGACAAGAGAAAAGAAGUAUAUGGUAGUAACCUGAUACCUCCAAAGAAGCCAAAAACCUUCCUGCAGUUGGUAUGGGAGGCCCUGCAGGACGUCACCCUCAUCAUCCUGGAGCUCGCCGCCCUGAUCUCCCUGGGCCUCUCCUUCUACCACCCUCCUGGAGAGAGCGGCAGCGGAGAGUCCUGUGGCUUAGCAGCAGCUGGUGUUGAGGACGAGGGCGAGGCAGAUGCCGGCUGGAUCGAGGGCGCAGCUAUCCUGUUGUCUGUGGUGUGCGUGGUGCUAGUGACAGCCUUCAACGACUGGUCAAAGGAGAAGCAGUUCCGUGGGCUGCAGAGCCGCAUCGAGCAGGAGCAGAAGUUCCAGGUGGUCCGCGGAAGCCAAGUCAUACAGCUUCCUGUGGCUGACAUAGUGGUGGGGGAUAUCGCACAGAUCAAAUACGGUGAUCUGCUCCCUGCUGAUGGAGUGUUAAUCCAGGGCAAUGACCUGAAGAUUGAUGAGUCCUCCUUGACCGGAGAAUCCGACCAUGUCAGAAAGGCUGCAGACAAGGACCCCAUGCUGUUGUCUGGGACCCAUGUCAUGGAGGGCUCAGGGCGCAUGGUGGUUACUGCUGUGGGUGUCAACUCUCAGACUGGAAUCAUCUUCACACUGCUGGGGGCCGGCACAGAGGAAGAAGAGAAAAAAGAAAAGAAAGGAGGGGCAGUGGAAGACGGACACCAGAACACAGACUGCUCCCAUCCCCCUAUCCACCCCAUCGCAACUAUAGCCACGGAUGGGGCUGCAGGCAUUAAUGCCCCUGGCAGUGCCAGCCUAAUUAAUGGUAAAAUGCAAGAUGGCAAUAUGGAGAGCAACCAGAUUAAAGUAAAGAAGCAGGAUGGAGCAGCUGCUAUGGAGAUGCAGCCUCUGAAGAGUGCUGAAGGCGGAGAGUCCGAUGAGAAAGAAAAGAAGAAGGUGUCUGUCCCGAAGAAAGAGAAGUCUGUGCUGCAGGGGAAGCUGACCAAACUGGCUGUCCAGAUUGGAAAAGCAGGUUUGCUUAUGUCAGCCGUCACAGUCAUCAUUCUGGUCCUGUUCUUUGCUAUCGACAACUUUGUGAUGCAGAAGCGCCCUUGGCUGCCAGAGUGCACUCCAAUCUACAUCCAGUACUUUGUCAAGUUCUUCAUCAUCGGUGUGACUGUGUUGGUGGUGGCCGUGCCGGAGGGGUUGCCUCUGGCUGUCACCAUCUCUCUGGCCUACUCAGUCAAGAAAAUGAUGAAAGACAACAACUUGGUGCGUCACUUGGAUGCGUGUGAAACCAUGGGCAACGCUACAGCCAUCUGCUCUGACAAGACAGGCACGCUAACAACCAACCGCAUGACGGCUGUGCAGUGUUAUGUCGGAGAUGUGCACUACAAAGAAAUUCCAGAUCCCGGAUCUCUGUCACCCAAAUCACUGGAAUUAUUAAUCAAUGCCAUCGCCAUCAACAGCGCCUAUACCACCAACAUACUGCCCCCAGACAAGGAAGGCGGUCUGCCGAAGCAGGUGGGCAACAAGACAGAAUGCGGCCUGCUGGGAUUGGUCUUGGAUCUGAAGCGGGAUUACCAGCCAAUAAGAAACCAGAUCCCAGAGGAAAAGCUUUACAAAGUCUACACCUUCAACUCUGUCAGGAAGUCCAUGAGCACUGUCAUCAAAUUACCCGACGGGAGCUUCCGCAUGUACAGCAAGGGAGCAUCUGAGAUCGUCCUCAAAAAAUGCAGCCAUGUCCUUAAUGAAGUAGGUGAGUCAAGAGUCUUCCGUCCGCGUGACAAGGACGAGAUGGUGAAGAAGGUGAUCGAGCCCAUGGCGUGCGAUGGCCUAAGGACCAUCUGUGUGGGAUACCGUGACUUCUCUGCUGAUCCUGAGCCUAACUGGGAAGAUGAGAACAACAUCCUCAAUGACCUGACAGCCAUCUGUGUGGUUGGGAUUGAGGACCCUGUCAGGCCAGAGGUGCCCGAUGCUAUCCAGAAGUGCCAGCGUGCAGGCAUCACAGUGCGUAUGGUGACAGGAGACAACAUUAACACAGCCAGGGCAAUAGCCAUCAAGUGUGGCAUCAUCCACCCUGGAGAGGACUUCAUCUGCAUCGAUGGAAAAGAGUUUAACAGGAGGAUCCGCAAUGAGAAGGGAGAGGUGGAACAGGAGCGUAUCGACAAAGUUUGGCCCAAACUUCGGGUUCUGGCCAGAUCUUCCCCAACUGACAAACACACGCUUGUCAAAGGCAUUAUUGACAGUACUAUGGUAGACCAGAGGCAGGUGGUGGCUGUGACAGGUGAUGGAACCAAUGAUGGACCCGCACUAAAGAAAGCUGAUGUCGGCUUCGCCAUGGGAAUCGCCGGUACAGAUGUGGCCAAGGAGGCGUCAGAUAUCAUUCUGACUGAUGAUAACUUCAGCAGCAUCGUCAAGGCAGUGAUGUGGGGCAGGAACGUCUAUGACAGCAUCUCCAAGUUUCUGCAGUUCCAGCUGACUGUCAAUGUCGUGGCCGUCAUUGUGGCUUUCACUGGCGCCUGCAUCACCCAGGACUCUCCUCUGAAGGCUGUGCAGAUGUUGUGGGUGAACCUGAUCAUGGAUACUUUUGCAUCUCUGGCCUUGGCCACAGAGCCUCCCACAGAGUCUCUACUGAGGAGGAGGCCAUAUGGUCGCAAUAAGCCUCUCAUCUCCAGCACCAUGACAAAGAACAUUCUCGGACACGGAGUCUAUCAGCUCGUCAUCAUCUUCACACUUCUCUUUGCUGGUGAGCAAAUCUUUGACAUUGACAGUGGCCGCAAUGCUCCUCUGCACGCUCCCCCAUCUGAGCACUACACCAUCAUCUUCAACACCUUCGUCAUGAUGCAGCUCUUUAAUGAGAUAAAUGCUCGUAAGAUCCACGGUGAGAGGAAUGUCUUCGAUGGUAUCUUCAGGAACCCUAUCUUCUGCUCUAUUGUUUUUGGAACCUUUGCUGUUCAGAUUGUGAUUAUUCAGUUUGGAGGGAAGCCAUUCAGCUGUCAGCCUCUGGACCUAGAGAAGUGGAUGUGGUGUGUUUUCCUGGGGCUCGGAGAACUAGUCUGGGGACAGGUGAUAGCUAGCAUACCUAACGCCAGGUUGCGGUUCCUACGGAGGGCAGGCCAAUUGACUCAGAAAGACGAGUCACCGGAGGAGGAUGUGAAUGAGGAUAAUGAGGAAAUUGACCACGCAGAGAGGGAGCUGAGGAGAGGACAGAUCCUCUGGUUCAGAGGACUCAACCGCAUUCAGACUCAGAUUGAAGUAGUCAACACCUUCAAGAGUGGCACCUCCUUUCAGGGGGCGGGGGCUCUGAGACGCCAAUCAUCCACCACCAGCCAGACCCAGGAUAUCCGCGUUGUGAAUGCAUUCCGUAGCUCCCUCUAUGAAGGCCUGGAAAAACCAGACUCCAGAUCAUCCAUCCACAACUUCAUGACACACCCUGAGUUUAGGAUAGAAGACUCCACGCCCAACAUCCCUCUCAUCGACGACACAGACGAUGAUUCCGCUCGGAGGAGGAUGAAGUACUCCAGCCAGCCCUCGUCCCCCAACAAGAACAACAACGCCAUCGACAGUGGCAUCAAUCUCACCAUCGACACCAGUAAAUCAGCCGCUUCCUCCAGCCCCGCCAGCCCUCUUCACAGCCUGGAGACCAGCCUCUAACCCUGAUCUUAACCUCACCUCUGACCUCUAAUGUCAAUUCCUCGCAGUCUGGGGGCACCUUCUCCAACUCCUCCAGAGAUUAAACUGCAACCUUUCACCUUGUCUCACCCAGAGUUUCACCGAGUCCUGCUCAAUUCUCAUCUUCCAGCCCUCACCCCCCUCCCCCUUAAACCCCUCAUCUACCACCUACACAGGGCAGGUCCUGUGGCAACAUCUUCAUUCAUUCCCUUAACCUUGAGCUCUUAAAGCUCUCUGCUUCUCUCAUUACAGAAAAUCUAAAGUAAUACAGCAAGGUGAAAAGAAAAACUUAACAUACAAUCAACAAAAGCGCAACAAAGCCACAAAACCUACACAGCCAUCUUGCUUUUGUGGUUGUAUGUGUAUGGUGGGGGUGGCGGUGGUGUCGACGGCGGCGGUGGUGUGUAUGACCAUAUGCGCGUUAGCAUGUACUGAAUAAGCGUGCUGCUGACUGCACAUAUGAAUGAACCGUGUCAUUAGUGGCACCAGGAGGAGGACGAUGAGGAGGGAGACACUGCUGAGGGGUCAAAAUCACAAAACAGGACAGACUCUCCUAACGCUCCCUCUCCUCAACAAUAACAUUGUCGAUACGGAUAAUAGUUUAAAUUAAAUUGAACAACAUUGUUAUUA